AUGGAUGAUGUGUACCAGCACAUCCUUGCCCGUUAUGAAGCCAUACGCGAAGCCGGCUACGAGCUCAUUGUCCAAUGGGAAUGUAAAUGGCAAGACUUCAAGGAAGAGUGCGAAUACGUGCAAGUCUUCGAGCAAGGUCUACGCAUUGUCCUUCGUCUUGAACCUCGUGAUGUCUUUAUCGGUGGUAGAACAGAAGCCAUUCAACUGUAUGCCGAUACAGAAGAAGAUGAAGAAAUACGCUACCUUGAUUUCACGUCUCUUUACCCAUUUGUCAAUAACAACUGCGGCUAUCGUAUUGGGCACCCUCGCAUCAUCACCAAACCUUCUUCCCCCGACAUUUCCUCUUACUUUGGUUUGGUGAGUUGCACCAUCUUGCCACCUGCCGAAUUGUAUCAUCCCGUUCUUCCCUAUCGAACUGGAGGUAAAUUAACCUUUCCUUUGUGCAGCAGUUGCGUGGAAAGUCAGCUCCCCAAGUUCAUACACAAUCGUACUCGUUACUGUCACCAUACCGAGACAGAACGAGCCUUGAAAGGCACCUGGUGCACCCGCGAAUUGGAAGAAGCUUUGAUGUAAGGAUGCUAACUUCCGAAAGUUCAUGAAAUAUGGCAUUUUCCAGACUCUUCUCCCAUCCUCUCUACCGACUACAUCAAUAAAUUCCCCAAGGUAAAACAAAAAGCACAUGGCUGGCCUGCUGACGUAGGAGAUGAUAAAGAAAAACGCCAAAAAUAUAUUCACAACUAUCACUCCGAUGAAGGAGUCCUCCUGGAGUAUGACCAUAUUGAACGGAAUCCUGCCAAAUGCGCCUCAGCCAAACUCAUGUUAAACAGCUUCUGGGGCAAAUUGGGAAAACAGUCCAACAAAUUUCAAGUGGAAACCUUUGGUUCCCCCGCCAAAUUUUAUCAGCUUCUAAAUAACGACGAACUGCUGAUCCUUCGUGUGAGAGUGGUCAACCCAGAAAUGUUGGGAGUAGUCAAUAAUCACAUACAAGAAGCUGGUGCCAUCCAACCCCAUAUCAACAUCUUUUUUGCCUGGUUCACGACCCGUCAAGCCCGUCUCAUGUCAACAAGGCCUUUCCCUCAUGAAGCCUGA